AGUUGGCAGCUCACAUCACAUCACUAUUCACUUUAUUUUGGACUUCGAACUCGAAGUUAGAUUUUAUUUUGUUUUUGCUAAAAGUAAUUGAAAUUCUUUAAUAUUUAAAUAUGUCUCGCGUUUUGGUCGGAGUUAAGAGAGUUAUCGACUAUGCUGUCAAGGUCCGUGUGAAGCCCGACAAGUCUGGCGUGGUGACAGAUGGCGUGAAGCACUCCAUGAACCCUUUCGAUGAGAUUGCGGUGGAGGAGGCGGUCCGCAUGAAGGAGAAGAAGCUAGCCAGUGAGGUUAUUGCCGUCUCCUGCGGCCCCACACAAGCUCAGGAAACCUUGAGGACAGCUCUGGCCAUGGGUGCUGACCGUGCCAUCCAUGUGGAGGUGGCCGGUGCUCAGUAUGAGACUCUGCAGCCCCUGCAUGUGGCCAAGAUCCUCGCCAAACUGUCCCAGGAUGAGAAGGCUGACAUUGUCAUAGUUGGAAAACAGGCUAUUGAUGAUGAUUCAAAUCAGACUGCCCAAAUGACGGCUGCCCUUUUGGAUUGGCCCCAGGGCACAUUCGCUUCAAAGGUGGAGAAAACCGACGCUGGUCUAACGGUGACGCGCGAAAUUGACGGCGGCUUGGAGGUGAUCAAGACGAAGCUGCCGGCCGUCAUCAGUGCGGACCUGAGACUCAACGAGCCCAGAUACGCCACGCUGCCUAAUAUCAUGAAAGCCAAAAAGAAGCCCCUCAAGAAGGUAACCCCCAAGGACCUGGGUGUCGACAUCGCGCCCAGGAUCAAGGUGGUGUCUGUGGAGGAUCCCCCGGUGAGACAGGCCGGCUCGGUGCUGCCCGACGUGGACACCCUCGUCGCCAAGCUCAAGGAGAGCGGACACAUCUAACCAGGACCAACUUUACCUCAAUCGUACCAAAUAAGAAUAUCUAUUCGGCGCGAAGCACAUAGGACAUUGCGUAUUAGGUCUCGCGUACUGAAUGCUAUUAUGGGCCACUAUCACCAUCUCAUCAUCAUCAUUGGCCUGGAACAUCAACAGGAUGAUGGUUUAAACAGCGUCCAUAAUGCAAGAGCGGCAGCCGCGACCGCAUAGCUGGCAGGAGAAUGCCGUGCCCGGUGACGAAGGUGGGAGAGCGGCGCGCUGAUGUCUCAGUUCUCGCCUAGUGUGAAGAAGGCUAAAUCACGCUUUAUCGUGUGCAACUACCCCUUCACCCAGGGUUUUCCUCUAGUGGUCGCGAUCUUUAGCCUCCCUUUCCCAGUUGGUGGGAACGAUCCGGAAUUCACCAUCUCACUCACUAACUAACCUGGGAUUAACAGGUUAAACCAUUAACCCAGUAUCAAAUUCUACUGGUAACCAUGGUAACUCCAGGUUUAACGGUUAACCCUGGGUUAGAGAAUGGUGCAAAUGGCCCAAAUUCGCGCAACUAAUACGGUAUUACGUUAUAAUUAUGUUUAAUGCGCUCGCGUGGAUAGCUGGUUCUAUAUCACAAUCGCAAGACGACAUCGGAGACCUCAACGCUUAUGCGAUUAUACGGUGUGGUGGAUUGAGGCUGUUGAAAAUGUUGCAUGCAUGUUGUAUAGUGUAAAUUCGGUUUAUAUCUUUUGUAAUGCAAUGUGAAUCAAUGUAUAUUUAGUGUAAAUUGUUAAAUAAAUAUUUUCCCAUGUUAA